CAGUACUUUUUCACACUUCACAGAGGCCUACCUUCCAAGCUUCCAUCUAUAAAUACAACUAAUAACCCGCAAGAAUAUCGCAUGUAUCCACUUUAAGAAGUUUUCAGCUUUGUCUUCAACGGAUUUAAGCUCAGGUUUAGCAAUGCCAACAAAUGAUGUAAAGCUUCUUGGUGCUCCUGCAAGCCAAUACGUGAACCGGGUUCAGUUUGCCCUCAAUCUAAAAUCGAUAGACUAUGAAUUCAUCCCACAGAAUAUGAGAGAAAAAAGUGAGCUCCUUCUUAAAUCUAAUCCUGUUCACAAGAACAUCCCAGUACUCCUCCAUGGUGAUAAGCCCAUAUGUGACUCACUGGUGAUUGUGCAGUACAUUGAUGAGUUCUGGUUUGAUGGUCCCUCUAUCCUUCCUUCUGAUCCCUACGACCGUGCCAUAGCCCGCUUUUGGGCAGCUUACAUUGAUGACAAGUGGAUUCCAUUUUUCAAGGAGCUUACAACUGCAAAAGACGAGGAGUCAAAAACAGCAUUGGUGGAGAAAAUAUUAGAAGGUGUAAAACUCUUUGAGGAUGUAUUCGUGAAGGCCAGCAAAGGGAAGUGCUUCUUUGGUGGAGAAACAAUAAGUUUUCUUGAUAUCGUUCUGGGCUGCUACUUGGGAUGGCUAAAGGCUUGGGGAAUUCAGUUAGAUGUGAAUUUUCUUGAUGAAUCCAAGACACCUGCCCUAGUGGGAUGGGCUGAAAGGUUUUCCUCGGACAAAGCUAUUCAUGGUAUUAUACCAGAGACUGAGGAACUUUUUAGAAUUCUCCAAAUCAUCCUAGCUAGGGCAGCAGAUGCUGCUUCAAAGUGAAAAAGUACCAUUAUUCAUUUACUCAAUGGAUGAUGGCAUCAUCGGUUGUCAACUUAUUAUUAUUAUUAGUAUUAUUAUUUUCUGUGUGCUGUGUGGCAAUAGUAGUAAACUUGUAAUGGGAAAGCCUUCUUUACCAAAAGGGAAAUUCUCAUUUUAGUUCUUUGCAUUCCAAUUUCAUAUCGUGUUAUUUGUAUAAAACAAGUAUCAUGUGAGACAUUCCAUUUG